UCUCAUGUAUCAUCUUCACCUCCAUAAGAAUGCCGAGUUCACUACACUUUUCUCAAUCUCUCUACAUCUCUAUACCGAUUAUCUCUUCUACAGAAAACAUUUCUGUAACUUUGGGCAAUGGCUACCUUGAAAUCUUCAUCUGAUCGGAAUUCUGGUGCUGUACCCGAGGUCCAGAAUGGUGAAGAUUUCAAAGUUCAAGUGUUCUCAUCAUCAUCAGAGUUGCUCGAGAAGCUGCAUGACAAGUGGUCAGGGAAGCAAAAACCCUACCCUGCAAUGUAUUCUAGUAUAUUUGGUGGAAUUAUUCUUGACCCAGAAAUGAUGGUUAUUCCAAUAGAUGAUCACAUGGUUCAUCGAGGACAUGGUGUGUUUGACACAGCUAUUAUUCUUGACGGAUUUAUCUAUGAGCUGGAUGUCCACCUUGCCCGUUUUCUUAGAUCAGCAUCCAAAGCAAAAAUAACUUCUCCCUUCUCCCAAUCAACUCUUAGAAGCAUUCUUAUUCAGCUUGCAGCAGCAUCACAAUGUAGGAAAGGAACUCUUCGGUACUGGUUGAGUGCAGGUCCUGGGGACUUCUUACUCUCUCCCGCAGGUUGCCCAGCACCGGCCUUCUAUGCUGUAGUCAUUGAUGAAGAUUUCUUCCAAUGCAAAGAAGGUGUCAAAGUAAUAACAUCUACUAUCCCAAUGAAAUCACCCCUCUUUGCCGCAAUGAAGAAUGUAAACUACCUGCCAAAUGUCCUCUCAAAGAUGGAAGCCGAGGAGAAGGGGGCAUUUGCAUCUAUAUGGGUUGACGAUAAAGGCCAUAUUGCCGAGGGUCCAAAUGUGAAUGUUGCUUUCAUAACUCCUGAGAAAGAGCUUGUCUUACCGUUCUUUGAUAACAUUCUAGGUGGGUGCACUGCGAUGAGGCUUCUUGAGUUAGCACCUAAGUUGGUGGAGCAAGGGCAUUUGAAGAGUGUGAAAACUGCCAAUCUCACUAUGGAGGAGGCCAAAGGAGCUUCUGAAAUGAUGUAUGUUGGAAGCACACUGCCAAUAUUACCAAUUAUCGUGUGGGAUGAGAAGCCUAUAGGAGAUGGAAAUGUUGGAAAAUUGACAAUGGAACUUUCAGAUUUGCUGUGGGAAGAUAUGGUUGCUGGCCCUGAAACGCAGAGGGUCCCUGUUCCUUAUGCAUAGGAAACUGUGUUGUUCAAAUGUUGCAGAAGAUAUCACUGUCGAUGUUAUAUGAUAUGAAUGUCAGCAUGUUUAGCGGAGACGACCGCAUAGGACUAAAGAUAUUAUAUCACAACCUAAUAGUGUGCAAUAAACAUGUCGAUAUGUUUUAUUUGCAUUGUUUCAAAAAUUUUAGCCUUGCUAUAUAUGCCUUCUUUCAGACAUUUUAAUACCCUCUUAACUCCAUAGCUACUACUUUAA